AGGGCACAAAAUAUCUUCAUCCCCACGCUAAACCCUUGAUGUCACUGUAUACAAACACGAAAACCCUAGCUUCUUGAAUCAAAUUCGACUCAUAUUCGUCACCACAAACACAAUUCCUGCAAUGGCGACAAGAAAGCUGGUCCGAGACUUAGUUCUCCGUAAGCAGCCGCUGUAUCAGCAUCUUUUAGCUUACAAACAGGUUUCAACAACAGCUUCGAGGUUUAGGUUAAUUGGUGGUGCGAAUGGAAGGUUAAUGUCUCGUGAAUUCAGUGUGUUUAAGGAGUUUUCGGAGAAGAUUAAAGGUGAAGUGAACAGAAAUCAGGAGCUUCGAAAAUCUGUAGAAGAAUUGAAGGAAAAAACUGAAGAGCUUAAAGGGGUGAAAGAAGAUCUAAAAGUUAGAACGAAGCAGACAACGGAGCAGCUUUACAAGCAUGUGGAUGGCGUGUGGACCGAAGCCGAAGCUACAGCAAAAAAGGUUUCCGAGAAUCUUAAGGAAAAGGUUUCUGCUGCUACGGAGGAGGUGAAAGAAACGCUAGGAAUUGGGAAGCAGGAGACCUCAGAAUCUGCCAGCUCAUCAGCUAGCGGUGCUUCGGCAGAAAAAGAAGGCGAGAAUGAUAAACAAUCAGCAAGUGGAGAAGAUACGAAACAGCAAUCCGGGUAUGCUGAAUCAGCAGGAACGAUAUUUAGCAAGGUUCGGUCUGGAGUUUCAUAUUCCUAUCAAAAGGCCAAAGAUGCAAAGGUCCUUGAUUUGGCCAAAAAGGGUUAUGACAUUGUGAAAGACGAGUUAAAUGGUAGCUCGAGUAAAAGGAAACGGGCCCAAGCCGCCUCUACUGCUGCCUCUCAAGCUAAUGUUGAAAGAAGCGAUAGAACAGAUAUCACCAUUGUGCCUGUAAAACAGUCACCGUUUAGCAAGAAAUGGGAGGCGUUCAAGGCGAAAAUGCAAGGUAAUCCAAUCUUUAAGCGCGUUAGCGGCAUCAGUGAACCUGUCAUGACAAAGGGUCAAGAGAUUGCAGAAGAUAUGCGUGAAAGAUGGGAGACUAGUGAUCAUCCUGUAGUUCAUAAAAUCCAGGAUAUUAAUGAAAGUGUUUUUAGAGAGACAGAUGCUGCAAUGUCUUUUAAGGAAAUUCGUCAGCGUGACCCGUAUUUCUCUUUACCUGACUUUGUAUCCGACGUCCAAGAAAUUGUGAAACCCGUCCUCAAGGCCUACAUAAAAGGAGAAACCGAGGUACUUGAGAAAUAUUGUUCCCCUGAAAUAAUUGAGAGAUGUAAAGCCGAACAUCAAGUUUGUGAGAUGCAGGGCACUUUUUAUGACAACAAGAUAUUACAUAUAUCUGAAGUCGACGUAAGAGAGACCAAAAUGAUGGGCGACAGUCCUAUAAUUAUUGUCGGGUUUCAUACACAACAGGUGUAUUGUGUACGAGAUAGACUUGGUGAAAUAACAGAUGGAGGCAAGGAUACUAUCCACACGGUUCAUUAUAUGUGGGCAAUGCAGCUUACGGAGGCAGAAGAAGGUUCUCAUAUGCCAGUUUGGAAGCUUAGAGAUAUGCAACAAGUUGGCAUCCGGGCGCUCAUUUGAUCAUGAAAUCGGUUCGAUAAGGUUUUUUUACCCUUCAUUGCAUUUAAUCAUUUCGGCUGCUGGAAAAAUUUUGGUUUUAGAUAUAUAUUUGUUAACUUCGUGCUGAUUAAAGAAGGAAUGAAAUGGAACAUGAGUUCCUGCAUCUGUUUUUUUUAUAAUUGUCAUCCAUUGUAAUAGAUUUUGACUUGAGCUGUUUCUUCAUGAAACAUAGUAGCAAAAUAAUGUCAUAUUGCCUGAGAAUAUGCUAACUGAAGGUGUAAAUGUUGAGGUAAA